AUGACGCAUUUUGCGCCGAGCAUCCGCGAAGUUUGGGCGUGGAACUUGCAGCCUGAGCUCCAUGCCCUUCAGCGGACCAUUCAGGACGUGGGACCUGGCGCAGUGAUCGCAAUCGACACGGAAUUCCCCGGCGCGUACCAGGAAGACGCCUGGAAGAAGUCCGGUGAGGUGCAGUACCGCGCGAUGAGGGAGAGCGUCCACCUUUUGAAGCCAAUCCAGCUCGGCCUUGCUGUGGGCACUCCCUGUGGAGGCGUAAAGGGCGCUUGGACCUUCAACCUGCACUUCGACCGUAGCAAGGAUUGUCACCGCGAGUCUGCCUUACGCUUCCUCAUGGAGGCUGGCGUGAACUUCGACCAGCAUGCGAAGGAAGGCAUCAACCCACGCAGUCUGGGACACAGCUUGCGGACAUCAUUGGAACAGGCAACCUGGCUCACCUUCGCGGGCCUCUACGAUCUCGGAUACUUGCUCCUCCUGUCAAAGGGCAGGAGCUUGCCCGAGGAACGUGGCGAAUUUCAAGCUAUGCUCUCGGCCAGCAGCGCUGGGAACGAGGACCUCCGUGAUUGGCUUCCCUUCGGCUCCUUGAGCAAGCUCGCGCGCGAGCAUGGGGUGCCACGUCAGGGACUGGCGCACACGGCGGGUAGCGACGCACUCCUCACGCUGCAGCUCUUCCAAAACCUCCAAGGCCACAGCAGCGACGAGGAGCUCGCCGAAGACGUUGGAGCUCCAGUCCUUCCCAGCGAAUCGAUCGAGAGCCCAGGCCCUGCCAUUGUCCCGGCAGCCCCGAGCUUCCCGACGACCUCACGGCUCCUUGCUCCAUCCGACUGGGGCCGGGCAGCCCGCUCCGCUCCCAAGGCGAUGCAGCCCGUCAUCCCUCGUGAAAGUGUCGCUCCUGCUUCGUGCUGGGGCCCAGCCGCCCGCUCGGCGGUGGAGUCGAAACUGUUCGCUACCUGUUGUGCCUGA